AUGAGCUCAACUGGUCAGCAUGUCAACAUCGGUGACGCGGAUGACUACACGUACACUGAAGACCCAGCCGGUCAGCGGGUGAAAGUGCCAGUCUCAAAGGAGUACGUAUUCAAGGUGGUCAUACUGGGUGACUACAGCGUAGGGAAAACGUCGCUCAUCAAGCGGUUGCUUUCUAUUCCGGCUUCCGGUGCAUCUCCACGGAGCCAUGAAGAUUGCUCUGACAUGGACGACAGCGUCGGCGACAGUGAUGCCGAUGACGCGCUGGCGACGGUGACGCCAACUGUGGGCACCGAUUUUUACUCACUCGCCCUCCCCGAUGUUAUCCCGGGUGCGUCUGUGCGACUCCAAAUAUGGGACACUGCCGGAUUGGAGAAGUAUGCGGCGAGCUACGAAAGCACAUUGAGAAACGCGUCCUUUGUCAUCUGCGUCUUCGAUGUGACGAACCCCAGCAGCUUGCACAGUGUGGUGGGCCGCCAUCUUUCCAUCGUGGCGGAUCACGUGCCUCACCUCGACCAGAGCAGCAUCAUGGUGGUGGCGAACAAAAUAGACAUCAUCGUCGAUGUGUCGACGAACAGUGAAGCGCUCCGCAGUGCGCGAAAACGGGCCCGGCUUCCGGAAAACGCGUUUGUAAUCGCCGUCGAUGAAGAAGCUUCCAUGGACACGAGCGACAGCAGCCCUGACAUCUUCACAAGUGCUGAGGGCGCUAGCGAGAACGCAAUCGUGACGUCACGGAAGGUGCAGGAGGAGGUGUUUGAUCUCUUCACCGAUGUCCACUACUCCGAGGUGAGUGCCAAGACGAAGCAGCAUCUUCGGGAAAUGCUGCAUGCCGUCUGCUACGCGCUGCUGCGAAACAGCGUCGGUGACAACCCCAACAUCCAGAUUCCCGAUGGAACACCGCCGAGUGAGGUGUUCGCGCACACAGUAUUGCCGCCGCACUCCGGUGCGAAAUGUCCGACAGGUGCCAGUGCAGGCACUUUCUCGGCUCCUCAGCUUGACCCGGCCGCCACCAAGACGCCUCCUGCAGCGGUGCCUCGAGACUCGCCAACCAGGGGCAGCUUGCAGCCACCACCGAGAACAACUCCUGCGCCCCCUGCCGCCAGCUGGCGUUCUACUGAAGCCAUUUCAUUUGACUUGUCGCCGACACAGUUCAGCUCGAAGGCGGGUUUCUCUCCGGCGGAAGGAUCCGACGGUGCCAUUGGCAAAUCGGGAGGUGAUGAUUCUGCCCCGCAGCGUGUGGGCUCCGGUGGCGACAGCCCCGUUGAUGGGUCCUCCACACGGCUGCCGACGCCACGAGGGAAUCUUGCCAAAGCAGUAGAUGCUGGCGGCGUGCACCUUGACCUGACGGCUGGCUCGACGGAGCAGGGGACUGGGCCAAACCGGAAAGAGGAUCCCAAGGCGCGAAAGGAGCGUGAGCAGACGGAGAUGAAGGCAGUGUUGAGCUGUGCAGGCCAGAGGAAAGUAAACCCCAAUGGCGGCGGUACCGACACAGGUAGAUCGGCGGCAUGGUUGCAGAAUGAUGCGGAUAGGAUGGAAAACAACAUCACUCUCGGGCUGAAGAAGGCCGGUGAUGCACCGUCUGCCGCUCGCCCAGCACCUGUCUCCUCUAUCCUGGAUUCGCACGGAGUCCAAGGUCGUUGUAAAGGUAAUCAGGGCACCCGAGGCCGUGACUCUGACGAUGACGACGACGGUGCGCGCAUGCAGCUGCAGCUGAAGAAGCGAUUUGCUCAGAUAGAACACGACAUACGCCAGAACGCCGCUGCAGCAAAUCAGCGCGCCAAGAAGGCCAAGAAGAAGACCAAAGCGAAGGGAAAGUGCAACUGCUGCGUACUGUGA